UUGUAUUUAAAAGAAGCACAAGUCACAUUCAACAUAGCCAUCUUAAAGUUUUAGAGAAAAAGAGAAAUACAGAACUUGAAAAGUAGAGAUUACUUAGAAAAAAAGAAUGAUGAAGUUGAGAUCAAAGAGAUUUUUCAGGAGCAACUCUAAGCUUAAUAGAAGUGUUAGCAGCGGAAGUAGUAGCAGCAGCAAUAGCAGUGGUGGUGCAAAUAAUGUUGGCGGUGGUGGUGAGAUCAAGUGGGAACUUAGACCAGGUGGAAUGCUUGUUCAAAAGAGAGACGAUGGAGGAAGCAGUAGUGGCGGAGGAGAAUUGAUCACAAUAAGAGUUGCAACUGAGUCAAGAUGGCAUGAUAUCUCCAUUGAUUCUACCUCAACUUUUGGAGAGCUGAAGAUAAUACUCUCACUGGUGACAGGUUUGGAACCAAGAGAACAAAGGGUAUUGUUUAAAGGGAAAGAAAGAGAAGAUGGAGACUACUUGCACAUGGUUGGAGUAAGAGACAAAGACAAAGUAUUGUUGUUACAAGAUCCAGCCAUUAAAGAAAGGAAGAAACUUCUUCAUCAUGCCACUAAUUUGUUGGCUAGAAAUAAUAACCAAGUUAUUAUUCCAAUAAAUCGCACUAUUAGCGUAUAAUUAGAUUAUAUAUAUAUAUAUAAAAAAGUUUUUUUUCUUCAUCUAACUAACGGAAAAUUAAAAAACGGAAAAUUAAAAAUAAGUUUCUCCAACUCUGUUUGAUGGAUCUUCUUUUACUAUUCCAUCACAAGCUAGAGUAUGAGAGUUAGGAUGUUUCUUUUAUUGUGUUGCAUGUCUUACCGAUCUUUUAAUCAAUAUAUAAUGUGUUUAUAAGAGUUAUAUUGAUUUCCUCCGUCUUUUGUUAUUUCUUUCCUUUUUCCAUGUGAAAAUGUAUACUUUCUUCU